AUGGCAUUCCCCCGUCGACCCUCGGCCGCACUCCGCUAUCUCCUCGUUGCCAUCCUGUUAGCAGUCACCUUUUACGCUCUCCUCGGACCUACAAACCUCGCGCCAAAUGAUGGCCUGGUCAUAGCACGACCGUGGGGUGGGUACGAAGCAGAGCAGGUCUUCGUACAUCGCGGGGAUUACCACCAGCACCAACCGAAACACCCCAUCGACGACCUGAUCAAGACAGCGGAGCAGGAAUUCGCCGACAAGUUGGCCAAGGAGACGUACACACUUUCCGAUGCGGCAGCAGCCUACCGCAGGCGUCGCGGGCGACACCCCCCGCCUGGGUUCGAGGAAUGGCAUGCCUUUGCGCAGGAGAAGAAUGCGGUGGUUGUGGAGGAGUUUUGGGACCAGAUUUACCAUGACCUGGAACCGUUUUGGGCGAUCAAGCCCGCGGUUAUCCGGGCGGGGGCGAACAAGCUUGAUAUGCAUAUCGAGAUACGUGAUGGUGAGGCGACGACUGGGAGUGAUUGGUUCUGGACUCAGAUAUGGCUGGAUAUGAUCAAGACGAUCGAGCAUAUGCUCCCGGACAUGGUGUUGGCGCUGAAUGCUAUGGAUGAGCCGCGGCUGGUGGUGCCGUGGGAGGAUAUUGAUCGGUACAUGAAGGAAGCGAGCAAGAAGAGGAAGAUUGUGGACGUUGCGGACGUUGUGACGAGGUUUCCCCGGUUGCCGAAGCCUGGGGAGACACCGUCGGACGACGAGGCGGAGAUGCCCGAGACGGUGUGGGAGCGUGACAAGCACUACUGGAAAAUUGUACGCCGCGGAUGUCCACCAACGAGCGACGCGCGUGUAGCGCCCAUCAUCACGAACUUCAACCGCACCCCCGAUAUCACGGGCCCCUUCGCGCUCGACCACAUGCGCAACGGCUACGUCUCCAACUACACUCUCAGCACCACCUUCUGCCACCAAGCCGACCUCCAAGCCCUCGAAGGGAUCUUCGUCGAGCCCCUGUCCGUCUCAGCAACCAAAUCCCUCCUCCCCCUCUUCGGCGGCUCGAAACUCGCCGUCAACAACGACAUCCUCCUCCCAGCACCGAUGUACUGGAGUGAAGAAGAACGCUUCACAGGCGCCGAGGGUGCCGCCACCCCCUGGUUCGCGAAAUACACCGCCGCGAUCUGGCGCGGCGUCGCCACAGGCGGUCUCAACCGACCCGACAACUGGCGCUCCUUCCAACGACACCGCUUCGUAGCCAUGCACAACACGACCCAGCUUGCCUCGCCAGAAACCAAACUCAACUUCAUCCCACCCGACAAGCGCUACGACCUACCUCCACCCGACGACCUCGCGCGGUGGACGUCAGAAACCACCUCCGUCGCGUUCACCAACAUGAUGUGCGCAUUCAAAGACACCGAACCAUGGUGCAACUACACCUCACCAUACUUUGAAACAGCCCCCGGCAUGCCCAUGGCCGAGCAGUUCGCCUUCAAGUUCCUCCCAGACAUCGACGGCAACUCCUUCAGCGGGCGCUACCUCGGCUUCCUACGGUCCACUUCCCUACCCAUCAAAGCCACAUUAUGGCGCGAGUGGCACGACAGUCGGCUGGUGGCAUGGAAGCAUUUCGUGCCGAUGGACAGCCGGUUUGGGGACUGGUUUGGUUUGCUGGAGUAUUUUGUCGGGAAUGGGGACACGAAACCGGCACGGGAUCAUGUUGCGGAGAGGAUUGCGACGGCUGGGAAGCAGUGGGCCGCGAGGGUGCUGAGGAAGGAGGAUAUGCAGGUGUAUGUGCUGAGGUUGUUGCUGGAGUAUGCGAGGGUGGCGAGCGAUGAUCGGGAGGUUUUGGGGUGGGUGGGGGAUUUGAAGUAA